CGUAUCGUUUCAUCCCUAUAUGUAGUUGUAUUUACUCGCAUCGUUUCAUCCCUAUUUGUCUUAAGCUUAAAGAUCGUAGUUAUUACGUCCAUUAUAAUAUUUAUAUAUGUACGUAGAACACGAAAAAAUAUUGCGGUAUAAGUUAGAUUUUUAAAACAUCGAAUCCCCAUAAUGAUUCCUGUAUGGCAAAUGCUGAUCGGCGCUUGUGUAGGCCUAGUUGUCUUGGUACUAACUCGACCACGACCGAUUGGUUAUGAUCAAAAACGCAGAUAUUCAUUUAAUACCACGCCUGAGGAAAGCUGCCCAAUAUGCUUAGAUGAAAUGACUAAUCGUGGAAUGAGGUACCUGCCUUGCGGACAUGCGAUGCACGAGAAAUGCUACGAGGAGAGCCAGCGAAAAUUGGUACGGAAUUGUCCCGUCUGCCGCUGUCCUCUGUGAAAUGUUAUGUUGAGUUGGGUAAUUUUUAUAAAAUUUUAUUUAACAAUAAAGAAACGCGUUGUUAGACUCUCGAAAAUACCAUAAUGUAAUAAUAUUGUAUUACACUAUGUCGCCGGCGGGUCGCAAAAUCGAUUCACCGGCGAACCGCAAAAAAACGAUAUACUAGCAAACUGCAAAACGAUGCUCAAAAUCUUUAACAACACUCAUACAAAUCCAAUUUCAAAUUGUGUGCAAUAUUU